ACCCGCCCGCCUGGCAGCCUCCGGUCACGUGACAGCGGCGCAGGUGAGCACCGCUUCCGGGGUCGGUGGCCGGGAUCGUGGCGGGCUCCGACUUUCGCUCUCAGUCGGGUGUGCGGGAGACUAUGGCGUCCUCCUCGGCCCCACCCACCACCGUAUCGUCGGCGACAGUGGCCCCUGGCUCGGGUUUCGGCUUCGCUUCCAAGACCAAGAAGAAGCAUUUCGUGCAGCAGAAGGUGAAGGUGUUCCGGGCGGCCGACCCGCUGGUGGGAGUGUUCCUGUGGGGCGUAGCCCAUUCGAUCAAUGAACUCAGCCAGGUGCCUCCCCCAGUGAUGCUGCUGCCAGAUGACUUUAAGGCCAGCUCCAAGAUCAAGGUCAACAAUCACCUUUUCCACAGGGAAAAUCUGCCCAGUCAUUUCAAGUUCAAGGAAUACUGCCCUCAGGUCUUCAGAAAUCUCAGAGAUCGGUUUGGCAUUGAUGAUCAGGAUUACUUGGUAUCCCUUACCCGAAGCCCACCAAGUGAAACUGAAGGCAGUGAUGGUCGCUUCCUUAUCUCCUAUGAUCGGACCCUGGUCAUCAAAGAAGUAUCCAGUGAGGACAUAGCUGACAUGCACAGCAAUCUUUCCAACUACCACCAGUACAUUGUGAAGUGCCAUGGCAACACGCUGCUGCCCCAGUUCCUGGGGAUGUACCGGGUUAGUGUGGACAACGAAGAUAGCUACAUGCUUGUGAUGCGAAACAUGUUCAGCCACCGCCUUCCUGUGCACAGAAAGUAUGACCUCAAGGGUUCCCUAGUGUCCCGGGAAGCCAGCGAUAAGGAAAAGGUUAAAGAACUACCUACCCUUAAGGAUAUGGACUUUCUCAACAAGAACCAGAAAGUUUAUAUUGGUGAAGAGGAGAAGAAAAUAUUUCUAGAGAAGCUAAAGAGAGAUGUGGAGUUCCUAGUACAAUUGAAGAUCAUGGACUACAGCCUUCUGCUGGGCAUUCACGACAUCAUUCGGGGCUCUGAACCUGAGGAGGAGGGUCCUGUGCGGGAGGAGGAGACUGAGGGGGAUGGGGACUGUGGCCUGACCGGACCUCCUGCUCUGGUGGGCUCCUACGGCACCUCCCCUGAGGGCAUCGGUGGCUACAUCCAUUCCCAUCGGCCCCUGGGCCCUGGAGAAUUUGAAUCCUACAUUGAUGUCUACGCCAUCCGGAGUGCUGAGGGUGCCCCCCAGAAGGAGGUGUAUUUCAUGGGCCUCAUUGACAUCCUGACACAGUAUGAUGCCAAGAAGAAAGCAGCUCAUGCAGCCAAAACUGUCAAGCAUGGGGCUGGGGCAGAAAUCUCUACAGUCCAUCCUGAGCAGUACGCAAAGCGAUUCCUGGAUUUUAUCACCAACAUCUUUGCCUAAGAAACCACCUGGCCCUGCUGUGUUAUGUUCCAGGUGGUGGGGCUCUGAGAGGCUUAGGAGAGUGGUCGCUGUUCUGGUCACAAUUCCUUUACUUCCUCCUUUGAUAAGUCCAGGCUCCAGGCUCCUUCCAUCCAAAUAACUCCUGUCUUGUUGAAUAGGCUGUUCAUGACCCUCAGAAAUACAUCAUCCUUUCCUGUCUUUGUCCAGUUGUCUUUCCUCUCCCAACAAGUCUGCUUCAUUAGAUUGUUAACACUGACUCUCUCCCAAGUGCCUUGAUUUUUGUAAAUGUUCUGUUGUUUCUGUAACAGAGGAGGAACUGGGAUAAAAGGGGUAUUUGCCGUCUUCAGGAUCUGGCUGGACAGAUGGACCUGACUCAAGCAACUACUGUGGAUGCCCUUUGCUGUGUGGGAUGAACUAAGACUGUCUGAAUUUUGCUGAUAACUUUAUAGAACUCACUGUUGCAAGCUUCCUUCCCAGUAGGAAGCUCUCCUGGGAUGGAGAACUUUUGAGAUGCUACAGAUACGGGUGUAGGCAUGCAUACAUGUGAUGGGACAUGGCCAAUCUUAACACACACUGGCGGGCAGAGUGGUCAGCAGGCUGGCACCUUGUAGGGGUGGGACCUAAGAGGACUUUUUGUGAUUACAUAGGAAAAUUGGGGGUCUCUGUCAAUCCCGUCCAUCACCUCACUUCUACCCCCACUCCCAUGGUGGGUGCAGGAGCCCAGAGAUGGCCCAAGUGUUCAAGGCUGGGUGAAGGUGCCAGUCUGUUGCUGCUCUUCCUGAGAACCUCACAGCCCUCCCGGGGCUGGAACCCUUCAGUGGGAGUGUGCUCCAUUCUGGAGGCCGGGAUAAUGGGCCCAGGGUGUAAAGUUCAUUCCCCAUGUUAGAUUUCAUGUCUAGCCAUCCCUGAAAUUUUAGUCCCAGUAGAAGGGAAAUUCUCUACCUGGGUCAAUCCUGGUCAUUUCAAGAGGAUGGAGUCUCAAGUGCAGGGACCAUCUCUUCUCCUUAGAGGUGUGUGCCUAGCAGGCUUCAUUCCCUACCACUUCCUUAACCAUUUUUCCAGUUAGGUUUGUUACUCUGUUCUUUUCUGUUCCUUCUUACACUGCUACAGUGUCUCCCAGAGGACAGGUGGCUUUUUUUUUUUUUUUUUUUGUCAUCUUCACUGUCCACCUCCAGAGAGAGAGCCAUAAGACUCAGUCACUCAACCCUCUAAACAUAGUCCAGUCAGUGUGUGCUCAGAAUGUAGAGGACUAAUGAUACAAGAUAGUGUCCUCUCAGCCCCCAAUGUUUUUGUGGUUAAAGUAGCCAUUCUUACUAUCCUUCAUUUCCCUUGAGGUUCCUGUUAUUGUUACUGUUUUAAACAUAAAGAGGGGUAUGAGUGACUUGGAGGUGGCUCAGUGGGUAGGGCACAGGCAUAAGGCCUGGGGUUUAAUACCCAGCACCACAUAUGCCAAAGCAGAAUUGUACUCUGGUGUCUCUUGCACGCUCUUAAAAUAAAUAAUCUUUUUAAAAUAAAGAGUAACAGCCAAUGACCAGUGGAAAUACAAAGAUUCUUUGUAUCUUACUAAACCAAUCUGUCUCACAAGAAGGCAUAAGGUCAUAAAGAAUUCCUCCACUGUCCUACAUCUUCCCCAAAGGAAGUAGCAGGAUGAGUCCCCAGGUAAGGUGUGGAAUCCCUACAAUAUCUCCCUGUCAGGCUUGAUGGGUUUUUUCAUUCCACCUGCCUUUCCCCUGUUGGAUGCAAUAAAACUCCAUGACACCAGCAACUGUUGUUCUUGAAAAAAAUGCAUUUUCUGACCAUGUGGCUGAUGCAUCAUGAGCGGUAUGGUCAUUUAUUGCUUCUUUUUAACAAAUAA